AUGACUUCUCAACUCGUUUUUCAGCUGAGCGGUUCUUGCAAUAACUACCCCUGGGGCAAGAAGGGGAAGCAGUCUCUAGCAGCACAGAUGUGUGCGCAGACCCCUGGAACUGAUUUCCAUAUCAAAGAUGACGAGUUUUAUUCGGAAAUGUGGUUUGGCGAUUAUCCAGAUUUCCCUGCUCGUAAGCUAGAUACCGGCGAACCGUUAGCCGAAGUUCUCCAGCAGAAUAAAGAGCAGCUUCUGGGGAAGAAGGUCAUUGAAAAAUUUGGCGGACAGCUACCUUAUUUACCCAAGAUCUUGUCAAUAGCAAAGGCCCUUCCGUUACAGAUCCAUCCCAACAAGGAACUUUCCAAAAAGCUUCACGAGAAAGAUCCGAACAACUUCACCGAUCCAAAUCAUAAACCUGAAAUUGCAGUAGCGCUAUCCAAGUUUGAGGUAUUCGCCGGUUUCAAGCCGCUUGACCAAAUAGCGCCCCUUUUUCGGUUACAGUCACUUCGGCAGUUCAAUCCAGAGCAGCCGGAAAAAUGGACAGAUGAGACGCUACGAACCGUAACCAGAAAUCUACUCAAGUCCGACCUUAAGACGGUUAAGACAAUUCAGACGGAGCUUGCAAAGACUCCGAGAGAUCGACUAGGCGAUGCAGCCUAUAUUCUAGACCUGCUUCCUCGUCUUCAAGAUCAGUACGGCCCAGAAGAUGCAGGCAGUUUAGUUGCGCUUCUGUGCAUGAACUUCAUGAUCUUCAAUCCCGGAGACGCGAUAUGGAUUCCUGCGGACGGGAUCCACGCGUAUCUAGCUGGUGAUAUCGUAGAGUGUAUGGCUCGGAGCAACAACGUGCUCAACGUCGGCUUCUGUCCACCUGGAGAUCGCAACAAUGCCGACCUGUUCGCGAAUACUCUGACCUUCAAGGCUCAUAGUAGGGAUGACGUGUACCUCCCUAGCCAGAAGUCGGACAAAAGCAAGAAGGGGAAGACGGUAGUAUACAGGCCGCCAAUGAGCGAGUUUGACAUGCUCAAGACAGACCUAGGCGCCGGCGAGAGUGAGGAGCUUACCGGGAGCGAUGGACCCGGCGUUAUGAUCGUGACUUCUGGGGAUGGGGUAAUGCAUGCCGACGGUACAGAUUAUCAUCUUAAGGAAGGGUUUAUUUUUUUCGUUGGUCCAGGCGUCCCGAUUAAACUAGAAAGCCAAGAUGGGAUACAGAUACACAUGGCUAUCGUAUGA